UGCAGUUGGAUCCAAUUAGGCCACCAAUAAGACAUCAUCGUCCACAAGAAUUGAUGAUAUUGGCGAUGCAAACUAUGCAACUCUGUUUUCUUACUUGUUUAUACAAAAACAACUUUUGCGAACGGAAAAACUGAGACACACAUUAUUACUACUCUACAACAAACACACAACACUAUAAAUCUUCCUUAUUUUCUCCGUCCAAUUUUUUCUCUUAUAAACAAAUAAAUUCACACUCUUUUUUCUCCAUCCCUCCAUUUCCAUUCUUCUUCUGUGAUCCAAUGGCGACCCUUUUCCAGGGAUUGGCAGCUGUUACCCCUUUGUCUCAAUCCAAUUCCAUCGAAUCCAACAAGUUACUCUUUUCUUCUCGUAGAUCUCUCUCAGAGAGGAAAGGAAGCAAUUUUGUUGUCAGAUCUGAUGCAAAGGUGAACCAGGUUUUGAAAUCAGGAGCAGCUCGUAAGCAUGAAUUGUUGAUUCCUAAUGCAGUUGCAACACAAGGAAGUAGUUCCGUGGCUUCUGCAUCAAAACCCGGGCAUGAACUUCUCCUUUUUGAAGCCCUACGCGAAGGUUUGGAAGAAGAAAUGGAAAGGGAUCCUACUGUUUGUGUCAUGGGUGAAGAUGUAGGUCAUUAUGGUGGAUCUUACAAGGUGACUAGAAACCUGGCUGAAAAGUUUGGUGACCUCAGAGUUUUGGACACCCCUAUUGCUGAGAACGCCUUCACUGGAAUGGGCAUUGGAGCUGCCAUGACUGGUCUGAGGCCAAUCAUCGAGGGCAUGAACAUGGGAUUUCUACUUCUGGCAUUUAACCAAAUCUCUAACAAUUGUGGAAUGCUGCAUUACACGUCCGGAGGUCAGUUUAAAAUACCAGUUGUCAUUCGUGGACCUGGUGGAGUUGGUCGGCAACUUGGAGCAGAACACUCGCAGCGGCUGGAGUCAUAUUUUCAAUCAAUCCCUGGUAUUCAGAUGGUGGCUUGCUCAACACCUUACAACGCCAAGGGUUUGAUGAAAGCUGCAAUUCGAAGCGACAACCCUGUCAUACUUUUUGAGCAUGUUUUGCUUUAUAACCUCAAGGAAAGAAUUCCAGAUGAAGAGUAUGUAUUGUCGCUUGAAGAAGCCGAGAUGGUUAGGCCAGGGGAGCAUGUCACAAUAUUAACGUAUUCAAGGAUGAGGUAUCAUGUCAUGCAAGCUGCAAAGACAUUGGUGAACAAGGGAUAUGACCCUGAAGUAAUUGAUAUCAGGUCUUUGAAACCAUUUGAUCUUCACACAAUUGGGAAUUCAAUAAAGAAGACGCAUCGGGUCCUCAUAGUGGAGGAGUGCAUGCGAACGGGUGGAAUUGGGGCUAGUUUGACGGCUGCCAUUACUGAAAACUUCCAUGACUAUUUGGAUGCUCCUAUCAUAUGUUUAUCCUCUCAGGAUGUGCCAACUCCAUAUGCUGGAACAUUGGAAGAAUGGACCGUGGUCCAACCUGCUCAAAUUGUGACUGCAGUUGAGCAGCUCUGCCAGUGAUUAUUCCGAAGGCACAACUUUAUUGAGAUAUGUUUUUUUUUUUUUGGUAAAUCUAUUGUGCUUGUUAAGUUAAACUAGAAUAUUCAUCAUGUUAUUUUCUUUUCCUCAUUUUACUUUCACUUCUGAAGCCUAAACCACCGUAACUUCAUAUCGGUAUUUAAUUUAUGAUAUCCUUUUCAUUUUUUAGAUUCAUCAGGUGCGCCCUAAAACUGGGCAAUAAUUUGAAUGGAUGCUGAAGUUGUCUGUUAUAGGUCUUUUUCGGUUUUUAGUUCACUUGUAUUGUAUGGAUGUAAUAUUUUGUUUUAAUAAAUUUUGAAUAUGUUCUAUUAA